AUGACCGAUUCAGAAAAUAAUAAAACCAUUAUGAAAUUAUCAAUUUUUCGACAAAUCGACGAAGAUGCAAAUAAGUCAUGUGCUUUUUGGCACAAGCCAGAUGAGAAGUCUAUAAUCGAUAUUAACACAAAUAAACUUCAUCAAGGAAAUCUGCUUAUAACAAAUGGAAAAGGAUCAUUUCAGAACAAUUUUUAUGUGCUGACAACUAGUUCAUUAUAUAAAUAUGCUGUAAUACACUAUAAUUGUUAACAAUCCUUGUUGCUUAUAUUCUAAAUCCCUUAGAAAAUAAUUAAUUUUCUCUAACUUCUAAUAACAAUCGUUGGAUACUUAAUCAAAACUACAUAUAAAGAAAACAACAAAGAUCUAGAAUCAGUAUCAAAUAUCAGAUGGAAAAUUUUAGAGCCUUUUCUAGAAGUAAAUUCCCAUAUAGCAAGACAAGGCUUUAAGCUCCACCAAAACGAAAAUUCUCAAGACUUUUACACAGAUAAUACCGAAGAUCUAG